AUGACCCCUGUCCUCACCCCCUCCAUCAACCACAUGACCCCUGUCCUCACCCCCUCCAUCAACCACAUGACCCCUGUCCUCACCCCCUCCAUCAACCACAUGACCCCUGUCCUCACCCCCUCCAUCAACCACAUGACCCCUGUCCUCACCCCCUCCAUCAACCACAUGACCCCUGUCCUCACCCCCUCCAUCAACCACAUGACCCCUGUCCUCACCCCCUCCAUCAACCACAUGACCCCUGUCCCCACCCCCUCCAUCAACCACAUGACCCCUGUCAUCAUCACACCCCCUCCAUCAACCACAUGA